AUUUGGAAGCCGUGGGGACUUGGGGCACUUUCUUGCAUUCUCCGGACCUUUCUCAAAGCCCUUAUAAAGUUAUUAUAAAGUAUCGGAGUGAAUUACGUUUUCUAGUGGGACUUGCGGCGGUGGAGGGCACUGUCGUGAAGUGGUGAGAUUUUAUAUAGGCUAUGUGCUGAAUUUUACGAUGCCAUUGACGGGAAAAGGACAUCAUUGCUAGUUUGAAAAGAUUACCGCUCUUUGGAGUUACCCGCAGUUCGGAUAUUCUCUCUGUGUUUGGUUGUAUUUUGCGCGUUCAGUGCUGGUGUUUGCGGUUCAGGCAGCGGACACCGGUUUUUUGUCAACAUCAUGGACGAUAUCGAAGCUGAGCUGUGCGCUGCAGGUAACACCAAUGUAGAUGAUAAGUCUGACGAUGUCACAUGGGGUCGACGCAACAUUAAAUUGGCACCAUCCCUGCUCUUGCCGCCAGCGUUAUUUCCAGAGAGGUCGAACAUGUCUGGUUUCCAUAAGACCAUAAAGCUCUGCCUUUUGGCCAUUAAGGACGCAAUGCUCCAUCAUCGGUGGGAGGACGCAGCUAAAUACAUAUCUUAUUAUACGCAGGCACUUGAGGACACCUCUACUACGAAGCAAGCUGUGUCAACUGAGAUCAUGUGGCGUCUUGGCUGUGAGAUUUUACACCACCAUCCCAACUCCAAGUCUGAGGACAUAAUUGAUCUCUAUGAACGAAUGAAAAACUUUGGGGUAAAACACUUUGCCAAGAUUAGCCUAGAUCAUGCUUUCCAUCUGCUGAAGAAUGGCCAACUUGAGGAGACCAGAAGGCAGUUAUCCGUGGCAGAGAGCUGGAGAUAUGGCAAACAGUCUGCUGCCCAGUCACAAGAUUUGACUCUCAUUCGUGUUUAUCGCGGCUUCCUGGAUUACAUCACUUGGAAACACAGAAGAUCCCUGGUAGAGGAGUCAGAUCACCAUGGUGAUGGCCGUAACCCAGAGAUGCACAGCUACUUCCGGCAAGCCUCUGUUACCCUACGGGAAGCCAUUAGACAGCCCGGCAUCUGGGAUUCAUUUGUGCUCGCCUACAUAGACAUGCUCGAAUUUUACAAUGACCAUAGUGAAGCGGAAAAGGCUCUGAAGGAUUACGCGUAUGACAAGGCAUUCCCUGCCAAUCCGAAUGCCCAUGUCUACCUGUAUGAGUUUCUGAGGAGAAACAAUGCCCCCAAGAGGAAGCUAAUGGAAGUGCUGGAGAUUCUGCGGGCUCUGGUACCUUCUCAUAAGCUGAUGUUGCAAUAUUGCUUCUUUCUGCUUAACUCAGAUGAUGAUGAUGAUGAUGAUGAUAAACUUCAGAGGGCACUUCAGGUAAUCAUGGACCUUCUUGAGUACAUCAGCUGGAAGCAGAAUCCUUAUGCUUGGAAGUGCCUCUGGGACGUUAUUGUCUCACUGACGGAAAGAUGUCGCAAGGAUGUAAUCACACAGGAGUGGCAGAAGAGGAAAGAGCUGUGGAUGCCGCUGCACUUCAAAACCCACCACGCCAGACAGGAUGCCAAGGUGGAUCAGGACCUGCUGUUGCUCAAGGCCCAGGUCGCUCCAAAGCUUGUUGGAAAGAAUGCUGAGUACCGCAAAGCUGCUCUACAGUUGAUUGAUAAUGCCUGAAUGUGGGAUGAGAAAAAUGAACUCUCGGACAUCUCCACUGUGGACACCUAUUGGAGUCUUCCUAACCCCUUGGUACAGUUGGAACGUAGAUAAAAAUCUGACUGAGACAAAAAUGACUCUAAGGACAGGAGUUAUUACCUUUGUAAAACUCUUCAUUUAUGCUUCUGUCAGCCGACUAUGACUGUAUGCACCUCAGUUACGUAUUGGAUGUGAGAGCUGAAUGUGAUUAUGCUGAAGAGUAACUGGAACCACAAGGUGGCGCUCAUGAUGUGGUGCAGCAUUUUCCACCUUUGUGGUUGAAUAUGGUUGGCAAAAAGAAGAGUGUGUGUGUGUGUGUGUGUGUGUGUGUGUGUGUGUGUGUGUGUCUGUCUGUCUGUCUGGACACAACUGCUCCAGUGAGGGAAGUCUGUCAUGAGGGGGUAGAAAUAACACCACAGACACACUGACCUAAACACAGACGUGCACACACAGAGACAGCAGAAGUUUGUAAAUGUGUGCCUUGUCAGGUUAGGGAUUUGUGAUCACACGUUCACAGGCUCUAGUUUUGCAAGCUACUAGUCACACUGCCACCAUUUUAUAUAAAUUUUUGUCUGUUUUUACAUUGGCCAUACCCGAGGUAGGGGUAUUUAUGAGGAUUUGUAUGAGAGUCUUUGUUUACAUGGCGUAUAUUUGGAGCGCAUACCUCUUCUACGACUCUAAACCCAAAUGGUGUCAGACUUGUCACUUUGUCACUUGAGCCUUUGUGAAUAAUAAAAUCUUUUUCAAAAAGUUUUAUUUUUGUAAACUCACCCACUUGGCGGCUGUUGAUAAUUAAAUAAUAAAACCUAUUGAAUGAA